AUGGCGACAAGCAACAAGGUGGUUGACGUGCACACGCACAUGUACCCGCCGGCCUACGUGCGGAUCCUGGAGUCGCGCGACGAGAUUCCGCUGAUCCGGCGGUUUGCCGGGGCCAAGGACCCGCGCUACAUCAUCCUCCCAUCCGAAGCCUCGGCCGACGAGAUCAACGACACGGUGACGACCAAGGACACGGCCAACCUGCCGGGCCGGCCGGUCACGACGCACUACUCGUCAGUGGCCCAGAAGAUCCACUUCAUGGACACGCACAAGAUCGACAUCUCGGUCAUCUCGCUGGCCAAUCCGUGGCUCGACUUCGUGGCGGCCGACGAGGCCGCCGCGACGGCCCAGACGGUCAACGGCGACUUCUCGUCCAUGUGCGCGGCACACCCGGGCCGGCUGUUCUUCUUCGCGACGCUGCCGCUGACGGCACCGCCGGCCGCGCUGCUGGAGGCCGUGGCCCAUGUCAAGACGCUGCCGUAUUGCCGGGGCGUGAUCCUGGGCACGACGGGUCUGGGCAAGGGCCUCGACGACCCAGAGCUGCUGCCGGUGCUCACAGCCCUCGCAGCCAACGAGCUGCCCGUCUUUCUGCACCCACACUACGGUCUGCCCAGCGAGGUCUGGGGCCCGCGUGCGGCCGAUGAGUACGGCCACGUGCUGCCGCUCGCCCUCGGCUUCCCCAUGGAGACCACGAUCGCGGUCGCGCGCAUGUACCUUGCCGGUGUGUUUGAUGCCGUGCCCGGCCUCCGCAUGCUGCUCGCCCACAGCGGCGGCACCCUGCCCUUCCUCGCUGGUCGCAUCGAGAGCUGCAUCGUGCACGACGGCCACCUCGUGCGCGCUGGCAAGGUCGGCCCCCAGCGCCGCACCAUCUGGCAGGUCCUCCGCGAGCAGAUCUACCUCGAUGCCGUCAUCUACUCCGAGGUCGGCCUGCAAGCUGCCGUUGCUGCCAGCGGGGCAGAUCGCCUCAUGUUCGGUACCGACCAUCCCUUCUUCCCUCCGCUCAACAGUGAUGAGCAGGGCGUCUGGGAAAGCAUGACCUGGAACCUCGAGGCUGCCAAGAAGGCCCUCGGUGACGGCAGCAAAGAGACCGCUGCCGUCAUGGGCGGCAAUGCAGUACGCAUUCUGAAGCUCUAUGGCGACAGCUGA